GUGAAGAAACUGAGAGAAGUCGGAGCAACAGCUAAAGAUAUUUGGUCCAACUUGGAAAUUCUGCAAGGCUAUGAUUUGUUUGAUGAUAAGGUUGACUUGUACAUGAAGUCUCAACUUGUCGGCAAAGGACCAUUUCCUGUGCACUUGUUUUUAGCCAAGUCAAUGAGCAGCUUCAGGGAACAGCUCGCUGUAGGAAGUGAGAUUGAUGUUGUAGCGCAGCUCCUGGAUGUUAGUGUAGCAGACAUUCGGGGCUGCUGGGGAUUCAGAAAAUACAACACGGAAAAGUUGCAGUACAAGGUGAAAAUGUGUCUGGCAGCGGGCAUCUCAAAAAUCAACAUCUUCAACAAUCUGGGAGAGUUAAUCAAACUUCCCGUAGAACAGUGUCAUGCUGUAACCACCUGCUUCCGUGCCUCUGGGCUUCCUGCCUCUGUGUUUGUUCUCCGAGAAAUGGUCAGUGCAGCAAAGUUGAAUGGCUAUGGAAGUGACCGUGGACCCAAGAACAAAAACGUGCACAGUGAAAAUACUGUCCAAACUUGUGCUGAUAUUUGCACUGCACAUCUAGAUGAGGAUUGGGUUGGUGAUUCGAAGAUGCUGUGUCCAGAGAAUAUUCAAGUACCAACAGUGGAAAACAAUCACCUUGGUCUCAAAUAUAGUGCAUCAAGCACAAAGAAGCACCGACGGAUGAUCUUAGAGCUCAUUAAUCAUCUCUUGAAGCUUGAUCGGGCAAUGCUGACCACGAUGCUCGAGUGCAGAAUGGAUGUUAGCUCAGUGCUGAUGCUAGAUGUGCAGAAAAACCUAGAGUAUCUGAUCUGCAAACAUUACACCAGAGACCACAUUGCCAAGUGCCCUUUAAUUUUGGCCCAUCCCCACAGAGACCUAGCGAGGGUUAUUAGUGAGGUGGACCGUCUGAUUAUGUUGCAGUUGCAGUCUGCAUUGGUGCCGCCCUCCUCCUCGGACUCAUUUUCUGAUUUAUUAUCAAGACCAUCAUUAACAUUCGAAGCUGUAGUCGGAGGUGGAGGCAAAGCGCUAAAAGUGAAGCUUGUUGAAGAGAUUAAGAUGGAAAACCUGUAUGUGUUCAGACACAGCCUGUUGGCCAGUCCUGAACAGCGGCUAAAUGCCUUUCAAUACUUUCUGGAGAAAGAAACCAGUUUUAGCUUAGCUUCCGUGGACUGA